UAUUCUCGACAGAAAAAAAAAAAAACUUAAGAAACUAUCCCCAAAUCCAAUCCAUAACCUAAACAACAAUACGAUGCUCUAGUUCUUAAUUAGGUUGCUUCAUUUUGGGCCCUUGUCAUAAACUGGGUUAUGUCAUAUGUGGGCAACUGGGGAUUGUGAAGAGUAACAGAUUAACAGUUCAAACUACACUUCACUGCUUCAUUCUCAACACUCAGACAUAACUCGCAACUUAACACCAACCUAAAACCCUAGUAAAAUAUUUGUAGUAACACCUAAUCAGCUCUGUAUCUCUCCAAAAUGUCUCUCUUCACUCCUCAGAACUACCACGUCUCGUUCAAUUUCUCACAACUUAAUCGCUGUAAGAAUUGUAAUUCUUUUGGUGCUCCCAGAAGUAAUACUAAUUUUAAGGUGUUUGCUGUUGCCAUGACUGAGAAUGAAGCUGCUCCAAAUUCUGUGCCUCCAGCACCAAUUCUUCUGCCUCAAGGUCCAUGGAAACAGAUUCCGGGUGGUAUUACUGCUGCCAAGGGGUUUAAAGCAGCAGGGAUGUAUGGAGGAUUACGUGCCAAAGGAGAGAAACCUGAUCUUGCGUUACUCGCUUGUGAUGUUGAUGCUACCGCUGCAGGUGCAUUUACUAAAAAUGUGGUUGCGGCGGCUCCUGUUGUAUAUUGCAAGAGUUUAUUAGAGGAUUCGACAACGGCCCGUGCUGUGUUGAUAAAUGCUGGUCAAGCAAAUGCGGCUACUGGGGAUGCAGGCUACCAAGAUGUAAUAGAAUGUUCUAAUGCCCUUGCUAAGCUCCUUCAAGUAGAUCCAGGGAAGGUUUUAAUUGAAUCAACUGGUGUAAUAGGUCAAAGAAUUAAAAAGGAAGCCCUUCUCAACUCACUUCCAAAACUAGUCGAUUUGCUCUCCUCAAGUGCUGAAGGGGCAGAUUUGGCUGCUGUUGCGAUAACAACCACCGACCUUGUGAGCAAGAGUGUGGCUAUAGAAUCCGAGGUUGGAGGAACCCAAAUUAGAAUCGGUGGAAUGGCAAAAGGUUCUGGGAUGAUUCAUCCCAAUAUGGCUACAAUGCUCGGUGUUAUAACAACUGAUGCCCUCGUUGCAAGUGAUGUUUGGAGAAAGAUGGUAAAAGUUUCGGUGAAUCGAAGUUUUAAUCAAAUUACUGUUGAUGGAGAUACCAGCACCAAUGAUGCUGUUAUCGCAUUGGCUAGUGGAUUAUCUGGAUCAAAUCCCAUUUCUUCAAUAAAUAGUGCUGAGGCAAGACAAUUACAACUGUGCCUCGAUGCGGUAAUGCAGGGUCUUGCAAAAUCAAUAGCAUGGGAUGGAGAAGGAGCCACAUGCCUGAUUGAGGUAACAGUAGUUGGCGCAGCUAAUGAGGUUGAAGCAGGUUUGGUUGCACGUUCAGUGGCAUCCUCCUCGCUUACCAAGGCUGCUGUGUAUGGUAGGGAUCCAAACUGGGGGCGCAUCGCUUGUGCCGCUGGCUAUGCUGGAGUACCUUUUAACCCUAACACUCUACAAAUAUCACUUGGAAAUAUUCUGCUUAUGGAACGUGGACAACCAAUUCUGUUUGAUCGGGCUGCUGCUAGUGACUAUCUCAGGAGAGCUGGUGAGGUCCAUGGUACAGUUAAGAUUCAAAUAUCCAUUGGUGAUGGACCAGGAAGCAGUUUGGCGUGGGGCUGUGAUUUGAGUUAUGAUUAUGUAAAGAUAAACGCCGAGUACACAACAUAGGAGUGUAUUAGAUUUUUUCUCACUUUCUUCAGCAUUUGGCCUAGGACACAAUAGAGGAGAAUAUGCAGUUAGCUUUUAUACUUCUUUGUUGGGUAGACAUAUAUUUGAAGUUUGAACCUUGUUUCAAUUAUAAAAUUUGGAGAAAAAAAAUAACACGUAAAGCAAUUUGUAUUGGUUGGAACCUGAAUGAUUAAACGAGUCAUGCAAUGAGUAAAUUUACUUCUGUUUUUCUUAGCUA